AUGGGCAGCAAUGGCUGUGGGUGGCCACAGUGGCCACUGCUGCCCUUGCUGCUGCUGCUGCUGCUGCUGAGCCCUGUGAAGGUCGAAGCCCAAAAGGAAUGGGAUGAGUCCGGAGCCCAAGAGCAGCUCGACAGACCCAAAGAGGGGCUGGAGCUCACUCGUCCUUGGGAGAUCCACGGCUGGCCCUCAAGCAUCAUAUACCGGCGCUCUGAGAGUGCCUGGAAGGUGCCCAAUAUCUACCUGGUAGUGUUCAAGGAAUCCGAGAGGGAGCAGAUGGAGAGUAUUGUCCAACGGCUACAGAGCCAGGCUGCCAGCCAGGGCCUCAUGUUCGAAGUGCUACACGUCUUCAAAGGCCUCUUUCCUGGCAUCCUGAUGAAAGUAGCGGGGACACUUUUUCUUCUGGUCUUGAGGCUCAAGAAGGCAAAGUUCAUCGAGAAGGAUUCCUUUGCCUUUGCACAGAGCCUCCUGUGGAGCCCUCCGAGGCCACAAGCCAAGAAAUGCCAGCAGCCACCAGAAGGAGGUGAAAACCCCGUGGAGGUGUAUCUCUUGGGCACUAGCAUCCAGCCUAAUCACCUGGAAAUUAAGGGCAGGAUCAACAUCUCUAACUUUGAGAGAGUGCCUGAGGAGGAGUGGCAGAGCACCAGUGCACCCAGGACACAGGACAAUUGUGAAGGCCAUGGUACUCACCUGGCAGCCCUGGUCAGUGGCCAGAAUGUUGGUGUGGCCAAGGACAUUAACAUACACAGCCUGCGUGUGCUGAACUGCCAAGGGAAGGGCACCAUCAGCGGCAUCCUCAUGGGCUUGGAGUUUCUUUGGAAAAAGCUGGUCUCCAAUCCCUCCAAGCGCAUGGUAGUGCUGCUGCCCCUGGUGAGUGGGUACAGCCAGAGCAUCAACAAUGCCUGCAAGCGUCUGGCAAGGGCUGGAGCAGUGCUGGUGGCCGCUGCGGGCAACUUUCAGAGAGAUGCCUGUGCCUACUCUCCAGCGUCGUCUCCUGAGGUCAUCACUGUUGGAGCUGUCGAUUCUCAGAUCCAGCCACUCAUCCAGGGUCCUCUGGGGACUAACUAUGGAUCCUGUGUGGACAUCUUUGCUCCUGGGAAGAACAUUGUCAGUGCCUCCAAAGGCUGUAAUGUUUGCUAUGUAACGCAGAGUGGAACUUCGCAGGCGGCUGCCCAUGUGGCUGGCAUAGCAGCCCUGAUGCUCACUGCCCAGCCAAACCUCACUGUGGCUGAGCUGAGGCAGAGGCUGAUCCACUACUCUAUCAGCAAUGCUAUCAAUGACACCUGGUUCCCGGAGGAGGAGCGAUUCAAGACUCCCAACCUGUUGGCUGCACUGCCCCCCCGCACCCAGGAAACAGGUGAAGAGCUGUUCUGCAGGACUGUGUGGUCAGCACCCUGGGAAUUCAGGCUGACACACGCUGCUGAGGCUCACUGUGACCCGGAGGAGGAGCUGCUGGGCUGCUCCAGUUUCUCCCAGAGUGGGAAGCGGCUGGGCGAGCGUGUGGGGAUCCUAGGAAAGAGACGCGUUUGCCUGGCAUUUGGAAAUAGCCAGGUUUCUGCGGUGGCCAGAUGCUGCCUGCUCCGCCGAGCCAACUGCAGAGUCUACACAGCUCCUCCAGCCUUGGUGUGGCUGAAGACCUACACCCACUGCCUGGAUCCUGACCAAGUCCUCACAGGAUGCAGCUCCCAUUGGGGGAUAGGUAACCCUGGUGUCUCCAAGCAUUCUUCAAGGCAGCAAGUUUAUCAGCCCAGAAAGUGUCUGGGGCACAAGAAGGCCAGUGUCCAUGCUACCUGCUGCCAUGCUCCGGGCCUGCAGUGUACAACGAAGAAGUACAGGCGUUUCAGUCCCUUGGAGAAGGUCACCGUGAGCUGUGAUGCAGGCUGGACGCUGACCAGCUGCAGUGCCCAUCCUGAGACCUCAGUCACUCUGGGAGCUUUCCCUGUGGACAACACCUGUGUGGUGAGGCACCAGAACACUGACAAAAGAAGAAGGGCCAGUAAGGUGUUUAUAAUAGUCACCGCCAUCUGCUGCCGCAUCCAGCUCUCAGGCCAGACAUAG